UGGCUCUAUUGCACUGCAAGCUAAGUGAACUGACAUGACACAAUGAUCUUAAUCUACCGCAAACUUCUGGAAAGUUUUAACCUUGGUUAAUUUUUUGCAGCUUGUUCCUCAAGUCUGAGCACAAACGAUCACAAAUGUCAAAGCACUGCAUAAAUUACAUUAAUUCAUGCAUUUAGCUUGCUAUUAAAGUGUGUGAUUUGUCCUUUUCUUGUUAGUUUCAUUCGUAAAUUAGGAAAUGCCUACAACCAGCACAAAUUUUCAUUUGGUUGAAGGUCAAUGGAAAAACUUUACAUUCAGGCGUAUUUUUCCUUCAGACUAUUCGAGUGUUUUAGAACAUGUUAGGGAGUAUUUCAUCAAGGAAGAACAAACAUGCGUUCUAUUGGGUUAUAGCGAGGAUUUCGCAAAUCAACUCAUACAAGUUGUUCAAGAAGCACUGAAAGAUAAUCUUAGCUUUCUUGUGGAACAUAGUGACACAAAGGAGCUGGCUGCAGUUCGGAUAACGUUCAGACAGAACGAGACGACUAGUUUUGAUUCAAUCAUACCUAUUGCGGACCUGGGUUGGAAAGCAGACGUGUUUUUGAAUGGAAUUGAUCUCACGAAAGAUCAGAAAACACACAUUUUUAAGAAAUUUGGAAUUUCCGAAUAUGCUGAACUUCUCAUUGUCGCAACUAGUCCCAAGUUCAGAAAACAAGGCCUUUCAAUGGAGUUGUACAACAGAUCGCUUAAUUUUUUGACAGCUGAAGGCUUCAAAUUAGCAAAAUGUGUAUUUACCAGCCCCACAACUAGGAGGCAAGCCUUGAGUCUGGGAUUUGACGAGUACCUCAAAAUUGAUUACAGGUGUCUCAAACACAGAAAUGGCUCACGGGUGUUUGCGGACAAUGAUUUACGAGAUGAGCAUUUAGCAGUAAUUGGUUUAAAGUUGUUGUAAUUUUUAUAUGCAUAACUACAUUUCUGGAAAGGAGUGGAGUAAGUAGUAGAUUAUACUGUACAAACAGAUUGGUACACAUAAAUAAAAUUAAUUGAAACAUGAAAUGAUAGGAGUGAGGUCUAUUUAAUGGCUUUUCUGCAUAUUACUCAGUAAACCUAGUGCGUCAGUGGCUGUAAGAUGUAAAGAGAUAGAAGCCAGUUAUUACCUAACCACAUAUGACAAAAAUAAUGUUUUAGUCCAUACAGUUACGUUAUACGUAUCGUACAGUACGAUUGUACUUAUUAGAGCCACUUGUCUGGUGUUAAAAAUUCAAAAUGCAGAAAACUAGUAGCUAUUUCUGGAUAAGCUUGGGCUUAUUUUUGAUCUUUAGCACAUCAAUUGUCUACACGGUUGAACGGGGUACGAUCAUCCCUCUCUACAGUUAUCCCCGGACAUCCAGCGGCGUGGACGCUUGGAAAGCUUUGAAGGACGCAGUCGCACUCUAUCCUAUCGAAGCAUGGGCGAUUGUCAACGUAAAUAACGGGCCUGGAGCAUCAAAGGACUCGAUUUACGCAACAGCUAUUUCAGACUUGAAGAAAACUGGAGUCAAAACGCUGGGAUACGUUUACACCAAUUACACGAAACGUAGUAAAUCCAGUGUCAAGAAGGAUAUAGACAAUUGGAAAAGGUGGUUCCAACCAGCUGGUAUUUUCUUUGACGAAAUGACAAAUGAUAAUGUUGCCUCGCAUAUCGACUAUUACGCCAAUCUGGAUACGUAUGCAAAGUCCAAAGGAUUCACGUUCACCGUAGGAAAUCCAGGCAGCAAUGUACCGCUACCUUACUUUGAAACGGUUGAUACCAUCAUGAUCUAUGAGAGUGAGUCGUACCCGGAUAACAGGACCGUAUGUAACCCAAUGUAUAAGGGUUUACCAGGAAGGGAGGCCUUGGGAAUGUUUCCAUAUAACGUGGGAACUUUAGAUGAGGCUAAAAUUUUGAUGGCCAAAGAAUGCAUUGGAUACAUUUAUUUGACAAACGAUGCUGGUGCAAAUCCUUGGGACACUUUGCCCCCUUAUUUGAAAAAUCUGUUUGAAAUCUUGAGUCGGGAUUAAUCUGCUAUUUUAUGUAUUUUAUUCUAUCAAUGAAUCUGAAUAAUAUUUAACUAAUUGUGACUAAUUGCAA